AUGAGGCAGAAGGCGUGGACUCUGACCACAAUAAUGAUAAUUAAGAUCGCUUUAGAGGAGUGUAACAUCCAAGGUGAAGUUAUGGGACAAGGGGACAAUCAGAUCAUUCACAUUAGGCUAAAUGACGAACAGCAAAGCAGGCCCCACUUUUACAUUAAAAUGCUACUUAAUAGUCUAGACUAUCUGUUCAGAUCUGCAGGCUUAUCAUUAAAAUUACAAGAAACAUGGUACUCACAAAACCUCUUUGAAUAUUCCAAAGUCAGAUAUUAUAAAUCUAUUCGUAUAGAUGACAGUCUCAAAAGAUUAAACAGGAUGAUUCCAGACAUUAAUGAAGGGUUUCCCUCUCUCCAAUCCCUUAUUACGGGGGUAUCAACUACCACUGAGAAUAUGUCCAGGAAUUAUCUGUCCCCUAUUACUCCUUUUUUCUUAUAUUCUCUGGAAUUGGGGAAUACUCUUAAGAGGAAAGGAGUAGUAGAUUUGAGAUCCCGAGACACCGACAAUGUUUGUGCCCUGAUGAAUAUUCCAUCAAUUCUAGGCGGAUUGCCCUUAUCUAAUAUGUACCAACAUUGUCAAAGAGGAUGUCCUGACCCUCUGACGAUAUGGCUAAGAAUUCUUUUAAUCAUAAGAAGAAAUAGUCCAAAGAUUUAUAAUAGAAUACUUCACCUUAUUCCUUGCAAAAUCAAGACUGACUACGAUCCAGUAAAGCUAGUUGAAGACAUCUAUAGUUUGAAUAUCAUGGGAAUGCCCAAUUUUGAAAGAAAGGCUCGGGAAUUGAUCGAGGAAUUCUUACCCACAUAUGUUACUAAUCCAAAGGUCAUUAGACUUCUAGGAGCGGACAGAAGUGACUUAGAGAGCCUCUGCAGUAUCUUAACAACAAUGAGACCAUAUGUUGCAAACUUGGCACAUGAGAUAUUAAAGAAUUCCAACGAAGGUGUGCAACUUCAAUUGAUUGGGAGCUUCUCAAAUCUCCAAACAAUAAAUCGAAUGAUUAAUGAGGAUCCAAAUAGAACAGAGACAAUAUUCUCAUUAGACAGACACAUACACUAG